AUGACUGCUCCACAUCAUUGGUCAGAAGGUCUUUCUUCAGUGAUCUAUGCUAUUAAUAAUCGUACUACUCAUACAACGAAAAAAAGUCCUUAUCAAGUAGUAUUUGGUCAAGAAUUAAAAACUAAUAUGAUUUAUUGGAAAGGUUUGUACGACGCUGCUGUUGAGAACAAUGUGUCGAUGGAUGAUUUGAUCAUCGAUAAAAUUGAUUCUGUUGAUGAUAAAGAAAAACAGUCACGCCCUAAAUCAUAA